GAACUUCUGUAUUGGUCGGGUCGCAGAAUGAUAUUAGACGAAUACUUGCAAGGAGAUUUAACACCUAGAAGGUUACCUUCAUCUUGGGUGACGACUCAUAACUAUGUUUUUCAAUCAGAUGAUGGAAGUCUAACAGUCUUGGACACUACCACAAAUUUAGUAAAAGUAUUGGUAACAAAUCACACUCUUCGUCAACUAAAUGUUCGAGGAUAUGAAUGUUCCCACGAUUUAAAAUAUGUUUUGUUUAGGCAUAACGUAAAAAAAAAUUUUCAGAAAUCAUUUACCGCAUUUUAUACAAUUUAUGACGUAAAAAAUGAUCAUCACACGCCAGUAAAAUUAAAAGGCUCAUUAAAAGUACAAAGAACUCGUCUUCAGUAUGCGGCUUGGCUUGGCAAUACGACUGCAAUAAUAUUUGUAGUGAAAAAUGAUAUUUUUAUCCGACAAUCGCCUUUAGCGGAAGACGAUAUAAGAAUAACCUCAUCUGGAUAUGAAAAUCAAAUAUAUAAUGGCGUUCCUGAUUGGCUUUACCAAGAAGAAAUUUUUGAAUCUCCAGAGGCGAUUUGGCCAUCUUCUGAUGGAACACAUUUUAUGUAUGCACUAUUUAAUGACACCAAUGUUGGAAUGAUGACGUACCCGUGGUUAUCGUCUGGAGCUUUAUUCUCUGGAAGCGGGAUGUUCUCUGGAAGUAUUUUUCCUGAAACAAAAAUGGUUAGAUUUCCAACUCCAGGAACUACUAAUCCAGAGGUGAAGUUGUGGGCUGUUGACAUAACUAAUCUGAGCCACAUUCAAAAAUUUAACAUUAAACCUCCUGCCUCUUUUGAUGGACAAGACUACUACCUCACAUCAGCAGGUUGGAUAUCUGAUACCAAUUGCCAAGUAUCGGUAGUGUAUAUGGGACGAUCCCAAAAUUACAGUGUGAUUUCAUUGUGUUCUAAAGUGAAUGACUGGAAUUGCUUGGAAGUUCACUCUGAACGUGCUCCAGAAGAUGAAUGGUUGGAUAUCUUUCCCCACCCGGUAUUUUCUUCAGAUGGUAGCAGUUUCUUAUUUUUGGCUAAUAUUCAGGAGUCCGAAAACUACCAAUUUAGACAUAUUAAACAUGUGACGAUAUCACAGAGAAGAAUUUCGGUUAUUUCCCAUGGUCGAUAUGAAGUGACAAAAAUUUUGUGUUGGGAUACAAUUAACCACAAAGUAUAUUUUUUGGCUACUCAAGAUAAAAAGCCUGGGCAACGACACUUGUAUUCUGUUCAAGAUCCCAUACACGAUGAUAUAAGAAAAAUUGAACCACAGUGCAUAACAUGUGAUUUGGGUGUUGCCACUAACUAUGGAAUUGAGUUUUACAUUUUGGAAUGCCAAGGUCCAGGACUACCUGUAUCAGGAGUUCAUAUGCAGACAACUCACAGUUUAGUCAAAAUUUUGUAUGAUACAAGGCCCUUUUAUACAGAAAGGCUACAAAAGCUGGCUUUACCAACCCAGAGAUCUUUUGAAGUGCCAUUACCGCAUGGAGGACGAGCUCAAGUUCAAUUAUUACUUCCUCCCAGCUGGAGAGAGGAGUUACGUGAUGCUGCUUUUCCAGUUAUUGUUGAAGUCAAUGGACGUCCCGGCUCAGAAUCCGUUUCUGAGAAGUUUAAGAUCGACUGGGGUACAUACAUGUCAUCAAGAAAUGAUGUUGUCUAUAUCCGCCUAGAUGUACGAGGGUCCAAGGGUCAAAGUAAAAAAACACUAUAUCGUCAUUUAGGAGGAGUAGAAGUAUUAGAUCAAAUUUCUGUUCUUGGAUAUUUGUUGAACACUAUAGGUUUUUUAGAUGAAACUAGAGUAGGUAUGUGGGGGUGGGGCUAUGGAGGUUAUGUAACCUCAAUGGCUCUCGGUACUCAACAGGACGUAUUUAAAUGUGGAAUCGCAGUUUCUCCUACUGCAGAUUGGCUAUAUUCAAAUUCAGCGUUUACUGAGCGUAUAUUAGGCCUCCCUGCUGAAAAUUUUAAAGGCUAUGUUGAAGCAGAUGCAACUCAAAAGGCACGUCUAAUUAAAUCCAAUUCAUAUUUUUUGAUUCACGGUCUAGCAGAUACUACAGCUCCUUUUGUCCAUGGAGUGCAAUUAGCAAAAUCAUUAACAAGCGCCAAUAUUCUCUUUCGAUACCAGACUUAUGCAGAUGAAGGCCACGACUUAAGCGGUGUACUCGAACAUGUAUAUUCUUCUAUGGAGCAAUUUUUUGCAGAAUGCUUAAGCUUGGAUCCGGAUGAUACAAAACCAGAAGUGGAUAAAAGCAGAGUCCCAGCUGAAUAAAAAAAGUAUAUUUUGAAGAACAUGUAAAUAAAUUCGCAUCAGUUAUUUUUGCUUUAAAUAAUUCUUUACAAAGAUCAACUGUUGAUGUUUA